UUUUGCACAAUAAUCCCAAACCCAUAGUAUCUCCUGGGCAGCCAAAAUCCUACACUCUCUUUCUCCGGCAUGGGUUUGGAACAACCUCAACGAUGCCUCUCGUUACCCUAGACCAGUUCCUCUCCGAAUCGUCUCUUCCUUGCUUCCACGGGAGUGCUCAGCUCACCAUUGUCGAAGGCGCGGCCGCGGCGAAGCCGGCCAAGACGAUGUACUUGGCCGAGAAGCCCCGCGGCAUCGAUUUCUACAACAACAGCGGCUUGACGCCGCCGCCCCAGCCCCAGCAGCAGCAGAUGAUUUUGGGCGAUAGCAGUGGCGAUGAUCAUGAGGUCAAGGCGCCGAAGAAGCGCGCGGAGACGUGGAUCCAGGAGGAGAUGAGGAGCCUCAUCGCGUUCCGCCGGGAGAUCGAUGGGCUCUUCAAUACCUCCAAGUCGAAUAAACACCUGUGGGAGAAGAUCUCCGCCAAGAUGCGGGAGAAAGGCUUCGACAGGUCGCCGACGAUGUGCACGGAUAAGUGGAGGAACUUGCUAAAGGAGUUUAAGAAGGCGAAGCACCAGUCGAAAGGGAGCGGGUCGGCCAAGAUGUCAUACUACAAGGAGUUGGAUGAGUUGCUCAAAGAGAGAAGCAAGAAAGCCAGCUUCAAGAGCUCUUCGGUGUCAAAGGUUGACACAUACAUUCAGUUUCCUGAUAAAGGUCUUGAAGAUGUAAACACUCCAUUUGGAUCUGUGGAAGGUGGUAGGUCACCACUAAACCUUGACAGAACAUUAGAGCAUGACAGACAUCCACUUGCUAUAACAACAGCUGAUGCUGUUGCUGCCAAUAGUGUUCCCCCAUGGAACUGGAGAGAUGCAUCUGUGAAUGAUAAUAGUGCCUCUUAUGUUGGAAGAGUCAUUUUAGUCAAAUGGGGUGAUUUCUCGAGAAAAAUUGGCAUUGACGGCACUGCAGAGGCGAUUAAGGAAGCCAUCAAGUCUGCAUUUGGUUUAAGAACAAAAAGGGCUUUUUGGUUAGAAGAUGAAGACAAUGUGGUUCGCAGCUUUGACAGAGAAAUGCCUCUUGGUUCCUAUACUCUUCAUCUUUAUGAAGGUGUAACCAUAAAAGUUUGUAUUUAUGAUGACACGGAUCAUAUACCAGUUCGUACUGAAGAAAAGACACUGUACACAGAGGACGGUUUCCAUGAUUUCCUUUCUCACCGUGGAUGGACCGGCCUUAGAGAGUUAAGCAGCUUUAAAAAUGUCGAUUCUCUUGAUGAACUGCACCCAGGUGCUGUGUACCAGGGAGUUAGAUUGCUUAGCGAUUAGUUAGCUGUAAAGUUCUUAAAAGUGUGAGAUUGCAUGGUGUGUUUGUGUAUAAGUACUAAGAAUUUUAUAUUAUUUGACUCAUUCGGUUCAUUAGAGCUCUCUUAAUUUC